UACUGAAUUAUUAACUGAAAGAUUACUCGGCACUUUUAGAAAAAUAUAUAAAUAAUUUUUUAAACAAAAUAAUAUUUAUUAAAGUUUAAAAUUUAAUAUAUUGUUAAUUAAUUAAUUGUUUAUAGAUAAUUAAUUAUUUGCUAAUUAUAAUAAUGUCGUUAUCAAAGCCAUCAGAAAUAGUUUUUAAUCUUGUUGCUUCUUAUAUGAAUAAUUUGUAUAAUAAUCCAAUAAAAACAAAAGCGAUAACCAGCUGUCUCAUAGCAACAUUUGGAAAUUACAUCGCUCAAAAAACUCGAGGAGUCAAAGAAAUUGAUCAUGAUGUAUUGUCAGCUUAUGGAUUAUUUGGACUUUUAUUCGGUGGACCAGUACCUCAUUAUUUUUACAAAAUAAUUUAUAAAUAUUUCAAACAUCCAUUAGCUAUUUUAUUAAUUGAAAGAUUAUUAUACACUCCAUGUUUCCAAGUUCUUUCUCUUUAUAUGUUGUCACGGUUUGAGGGUAAAUCUCAUCAACAAUCUUGUACAAAUCUCCAAAGACUUUAUUGGCCGGUACUUAGUGCAAAUUUAAAAUAUUUAACACUACUGCAAUUUAUAAACAUACGUUACGUUCCUCCAAUGUUGAAAGUUUUGGUUGUCAACAUAAUUGGGCUAGCAUGGACAAUUUAUUUAGCAAAUGUCCGAGCAAGUGACGCAAGAAGACAAAGAAGACAUUAAAAUUGUUGUGAAUAAUUGCCAUUAUAUUUUUAUAUUAAUUUGAAUACAAUGUUAAUAUUUUCUUAAUUCAAAAUCACGGGUAUCUAAAGUACAAUAACAAUAAAAUUAUCACAAAUAUGCUUAUAAAUAAGUUAUAUUUUUUAUUUAUGUUAAUUUUAUCAAACAACUGAAAGUUAAAAUAAUAAAUAAACGAAUUAAUAAGUUA